CCUCUCACGAUCUCGUCUUCUCUCUCUCACUCUCUCUGUCUCUCUCUCUCUCUCUCUCUCUCUCUCUCUCUCUCUCCAAUUCUCUUGGUCUAAGAACCCUCGCCUCUCACCCUGCCGGCACACAAUCGCUGGCCUCCUCCAAGACGAAGAUAUUGAUAAAAUCGUGACUGCAUGAUCUCCGAUGACGCAUGGUGGUGCCUUCCAUUCAGCUACAGAGAUGAAGAACUAAACUUAACUUUGUCACUACCAAAAUAACAUCACAGUAGACCGUAGAGGCGAAACUAACUUUUUUUACCCAUGUCAGGGCAAAAAGAAGAAGCACAGAUUGGGAGGAGAGGUAGGGCAGCUGUGGUUGUUCUUGGCGAUAUUGGCCGCAGUCCUCGUAUGCAAUAUCACGCCCUUUCGCUUGCCCGUCAGGCAUGUCUAGAGGUGGAUAUUGUUGCUUAUGGAGGUUCGGAUCCCCACUCUGCUGUAUUACAGCACCGAUCUAUUCAUAUUCAUAAGAUGGCACAGUGGCCAACAAUUCCACAAAGUUUACCGAAGAUAUUUCGUCCUUUGAUGCUUAUGCUCAAGCCAUUGAUUCAGUUUCUUAUGCUUCUUUGGUAUCUUUGUGUCGCGAUACCCGCUCCUGAUGUUUUCAUUGUGCAGAAUCCACCAUCAGUUCCUACCUUAGUGGCUGUAAAAUGGGCCAGCUGGCUGAGGCAUUCCAAGUUCAUCAUAGAUUGGCAUAAUUAUGGAUUUACGCUGCUGGCAUUGUCUCUCGGAAGAAGUAGUCGUUUUGUGGCAUUAUAUCGUUGGAUUGAGAGGCAUUAUGGGAAAAUGGCAAAUGGUUCCUUAUGUGUGACGAGGGCAAUGCAACAUGAAUUGGAUCAAAACUGGGGAAUUAAUGCUACAGUUCUGUAUGAUCAGCCUCCUGAGUUUUUUCGUCCUGCAUCCCUUGAGGAGAAGCACAUGCUGUUUUGUAGGAUUGACAAAUUUUUGGCUCAGCCUUUUGGUCUUUGUGAUUGCAUCAGCAAUGGAACUGACAAGGGUGAUCCCAAUGUAACUCUACUUACAACCCAAGUCGGCACUGAUAUAUUCUUGAAUCAGAACAGGCCAGCCCUCAUUGUUAGCAGUACAAGCUGGACUCCAGAUGAAGAUUUUGGCAUUCUUUUGGAAGCAGCACUUAUGUAUGAUAGACGUGUUGCUGCACUCAUAAAUGAGGAUGACUCAUCUGGGGAAGAAGUUGUUUGGAAGGAAAUUUGUGAGGGCAAGCAAUUCCCAUACCCAAGGUUGUUAUUCAUCAUAACUGGUAAAGGGCCUGAAAAAGAAAAAUAUGAAACCAAAAUAAGGAAGCUGAACCUCAAACGUGUAGCAUUUCGAACCAUGUGGCUGCCAGCUGAGGAUUAUCCAUUGCUUCUUGGAUCAGCAGAUCUAGGUGUUUGCCUGCAUACUUCCUCAUCAGGGUUGGAUCUUCCAAUGAAGGUGGUGGAUAUGUUUGGCUGUGGACUGCCUGUUUGUGCCGUUUCCUAUUCUUGGUAUCGUUUCCUUUACGCGACUUGUGUGAUAUAGGGGUGAAACAUUACAUGAAUCUUGUUUUCCAAUUGGUUGUUUUUACAAUUUUUCUUUUUCCGAAGCAUCAAGGAGCUUGUCAAAGUUGAAAAAAAUGGCCUGCUCUUCUCAUCAUCUUCAGAGCUAGCUGAUGAGCUCAUGGUAAGCUUGUUCAAAUUGGCUGGAAUUAUAUUUUGUGAUCAAUAAGCAUCAAUAAUUCAUACCUUCUUCUUCCAUUCUUCUAUGUAUAUGGUGUUGGAUAAAUGUAACGAGAGUUUUGGUGUCUGUUAUCAUCUUCUUAUCUAUUGUGCUAGGGAUUUAGAAUAAUUUACAAAAUAUGCUCCUGUUUCUUGUCAAUCUCUGAAAAAUUGAAACUUGUUCAUGUGAGAUGUUGUCUAAUGUUGUGUGGCUUACUCAGAACUAUUCCUAAACAGCACAGACACUAAAUUGCAGAGUAGGUAUUAAAGGGUAACUCUGUGGGUUAUUGAAUCAUGGUUUGGGUAGUCGUUCACAACCAAGCAGAUGUCACAUGGCAGCACUAUACUUAAAUUUUUGUGGCAUAGGCCCAUUAAGUUUAGCACGACACUGGAAGUGUUUUCUUAAAAAGAGAAUAUAGCACUACACCUUUGUUGCAUCUAAAACUUGGGACGGAGAAUGCGUGGCACCAGACAUGGAUGUAAAUUUUUAAUACACCCCUUGGUUGGCUUCCUAACCUAAUAUUACUUUGUAAGAGAGUUUUUUGUUUGCCUUCAUUACCUGGGUGAUAAUACUCUGGAGUGUUUCUCAUGAAAUAUGGCUUGAAUUUUAUGUUGUCAAUUGCCAAAUCUGUACAGAUGCUUUUCAAGGGUUUUCCAGGUGAAUGUGAUGCUUUGAAGUUGCUGAGGACUGGUGUACUGGAAAUGGGUUCUUCUGCAAGAUGGGCGACUGAGUGGGAAGAGAAUGCCAAACCCUUAAUAUCUGAGGUUAUAUCACGGAAUUUCAGUUGAUUUUUAGUUUAAAGUUGAAACUGGAUUCAAGCUUGGUCGUCUAUUAGCUCGUGCACCUGCACCAGGUUGUUGGGGAUUGAGCUUGAAGUUGAUGGCAACCAUGAGGCUAUAUGUGAAUUACCUGCUUAUUACUGCUGAUGUGCACCCUACUGGCUUUACUUUCAUCAUCCAGACAAAAUGAGUUGAUUAUGAUGUUGCUUGAGUGAAGACCUAUGAACUUUUGAGUACGAGAAUAUAACCACUUCAUUAUGUUUUAAAUAGCAGGAGAGAGUUUUUUUUCUUGGUUUUUUUGAAUCAGUAGAGGGUUUCUUGUACCAAUUGAGUGCUCUAUGUAGGUGAUGUUUGAUAAAUCUGAAAACUGAAGUUUGAAAGCCGAAAAUUGAAGUCGGAAAACUGAAAGCUAAAUGCUGAAUUUGUGGACUGUUUGCUAUUCACUGAA